GCGGCCGCUCGUCCUCGCCUUCGGGUGUCCAUGCCUCGGCGGCCGCGUCCCGCUCCACAACGAGCGGCCUCCAAGAAGUAGCCAUGGCCGCUGUGGCCGUCCUCCGGAACGACUCUCUGCAGGCCUUCCUCCAGGACCGCACCCCCAGCGCCUCCCCGGACCUAGGCAAGCACUCGCCGCUGGCGCUUCUGGCCGCCACCUGUAGCCGGAUCGGCCAGCCCGGCGCGGCGGCGGCACCCGACUUCCUGCAGGUGCCCUACGACCCAGCGCUGGGCUCACCCUCCAGGCUUUUCCACCCGUGGACCGCCGACAUGCCCGCGCACUCGCCAGGCGCCCUGCCUCCCCCACAUCCCAGCCUGGGGCUGACGCCACAGAAAACACACCUGCAGCCGUCCUUCGGGGCUGCGCACGAGCUCCCACUCACGCCCCCCGCGGAUCCCUCGUACCCUUACGAGUUCUCGCCGGUCAAGAUGCUGCCCUCGAGCAUGGCGGCUCUGCCUGCCAGCUGCGCGCCCGCCUACGUGCCCUACGCCGCACAGGCCGCGCUGCCCCCGGGCUACUCCAACCUGCUGCCCCCGCCGCCACCUCCACCUCCACCGCCCACCUGCCGUCAGCUGUCCCCCGCCCCAGCCCCGGACGACCUCCCCUGGUGGAGCAUCCCGCAAUCGGGCGCGGGGCCCGGAGGCUCCGGGGUUCCUGGGACUAGCCUCUCCAGCGCCUGUGCCGGGCCCCCCCACGCUCCCCGCUUUCCCGCCUCCGCUGCGGCUGCUGCAGCGGCCGCCGCGGCCCUGCAACGGGGCCUAGUGUUGGGCCCGUCGGACUUUGCGCAGUACCAGAGCCAGAUCGCCGCGCUACUGCAGACCAAGGCCCCCCUGGCGGCCACGGCCAGGAGGUGCCGCCGCUGCCGCUGCCCCAACUGCCAGGCGGCUGGCGGCGCCCCCGAGGCGGAGCCGGGCAAAAAGAAGCAACACGUGUGCCACGUGCCAGGCUGCGGCAAGGUGUACGGCAAGACGUCGCACCUGAAGGCGCACCUGCGCUGGCACACGGGCGAGCGGCCCUUCGUGUGCAACUGGCUCUUCUGCGGCAAGAGCUUCACGCGCUCGGACGAGCUGCAGCGGCACCUGCGGACUCACACGGGCGAGAAGCGCUUCGCCUGUCCCGAGUGCGGCAAACGCUUCAUGCGCAGCGACCACCUCGCUAAGCACGUGAAGACGCACCAAAAUAAGAAGCUCAAAGUCGCCGAGGCCGGGGUGAAGCGGGAGAACCCGCGGGACCUAUGAGCGCACCCGGGCACUGCACAGGCCACCCACCGCCCAGGACAUCCUUCCCAGCACCGUUGCGAGCAGGCCCGGGGCAGACCAUCGUGGCUGCUGGCAGAGAGGAAACUUUAAAAACCAACUUUUUAUUGUCCUCCUCCCGUGACAAAGCCCUGCUGCCCGGCCCGGCUAGAGCAGAGGGCAGGGCAAGGCAGGCAGGGCUGGGAACUGGAUCACGAUUGAGAACCCUAAGUUAUCCCAGGACGGUUCCAAAGUCCGAGCCAUCGCCUGCCUGGAAGACCUACAGUCGGGGAUUCUACCCCCGGGCUGGCUUUGCUUUGUAGGAAUCACUGCUGAGGAAAAAUGGAAGGGCCCUGGGAGAUUCAAAACAGGGCUUGAGUUUUCGCUAGGCCCGAUUCGGGCUUUGUACAGGUUAUUUAAUAAUAGCUUUG